UCUCCCACCCAACCACCCACACACAAACAACGUAAAAAGAAGAAAAGCCAGCGAGGGGAAAAAAAAGGAUGUUGCGCCGAUCCGGAAUGCUCUGCACCUCGCUGCCUCUCCGCGCGGCCCUCGGUCCCCCCCGGCUGCGAGCUGCGGGCUGGUGCGCCAGAGCGCCGGGAGACGGGACCAGGACCCCCGGCGCACAGCCCCCGAUCCCCGGGGAGAAGCACGGCCGCUCCGAAUCCACCAGCGACCGGCCGGACGUCGCCACGGGCCCCGAAGCCCAGAGCGGCCGGGGGCAGCUGCCCAAGGAACCCUCCCCCGAUUACCUGGAGCGGUUCAUCCCCUUCGACAAGCAUGUCCUGCAGCACAUGUUACUGAAGGAGCUGAGCUCUGCCUCGGAGGAGGACCGGGCCUCUCUGACCACGCUGGUGGAACAGGCUGAAGCAGAGACCACCCAGGACUAUCAGGCCACUCUGGAGCGGCUUCUGGCUCUGUUUGAACCCAUCAAUCCGGAUCGGGACACACUGCCGGUCAUGGUACUGACCGAGCCUGUCCAGUUGGAUCAGGAGAUGGUUCUGCUCGAUAACCUAGGCCCAGUCUUGGAACAAGCCAACUUUAACGCACUGUCGGAGGAAACCAUCCAGUACGCCCUGUCCUGCCAUGACCCGCUCUUUAAAUCACAGGUGACUGUCCGAGUGGAGAAUUAUGAGUACAUGAAGUUCUGGGCGCUCGGCGUGAGGCUGGGUGCGCCUCCGAUGGAAAUGAAAGAGAAGCUCCAGUCCUCCAAACGCUGGUUCUUCUGGAUCAAGGUGAAGGCCCCAAUGCACCGGCGGUACUGUAAGCGGGUGGUCAUGGCCGCUCGGCUGAAGGGCGGGCGCCUGGUGCUGAAGUCCUUCAAGGACAUCCCGCUGGAGAACCUGGAGCACCUCCUGCCGGCGGUGCAGAUGCGAUUCAGCCUGAGGGACCGCACCUUCAUCUCCUUCACCCUGCUGGCUGGCGGCUCCGCCCUCUUCGCCAACCUGACCGUGCUGGGCCUCUACAGCCUGAAGGUGGACUUCCUGCUGCUGCUGCUGCUCUUCGCCACGCUGAUGGUGCACCGUUCCCAGCGCCUCUUCCAGCGCCGGCGUGACCACCACGCCCUCAACCACGCCAACACGCUCUACACCAAGAGCACGUCCAACAACGGCGAACUGCUAGUCAGCCUGGUGCGGCGCGCCCACCAAGAGCACCUCAAGGAACUGAUGCUGGCCCACGCCUUCCGACUGCUCCUCCGGCAACGGCAACCACAGCGGACCCCCAGUGACGGUGCGGAAGUGGCUGCCCUUCUGUCCGGCGAGGUGUCCGCGUGGCUGAGGGAGCGUUCGGGACUGCCCAUCGCCUUCAGAGGGACCCGGGCCCUGACCCACCUCCAGGGCCUCGAGAGGCAGCUGAGCCAGCGCUGA